CCUUCCCCUUCUUUUCCCUACUCCACCCGCCUCAUUCUAUCUCUUCCUCUAUUUAUUCCUCUCCUCUCCUCGCCCUCUUCUCAUCCCCCAUCCCCCAUCUCUCCCCCUCUCUCCUCCUCCCCACUCUUAUCUCCGCUCUUCUCCACCAUGGGCUGUGGCAUGAGCGCGCCCCAAAACGAGGGCAAGGCCCGCAACGACGCAAUCGAGAUCCAGCUCAACAAAGACCACCAAGACCGCCGGAGCGAGAUCAAAAUGCUCCUCCUCGGCGCCGGCGAGUCCGGCAAGUCCACAAUCAUCAAGCAGAUGAAACUCAUCCACGAAGGCGGCUACUCCCGCAACGAGCGCCUCUCCUUCCGCGAAGUCAUUUUCUCAAACACAGUCCAGUCCAUGAAAGUCAUCGUCGAGGCCAUGGGCUCGCUCGGCAUCCCGCUCGCGGACCCGCAAAACACGGUCCACGCCCAGCUCAUAUACGACCUGCCGAACCAGAUCGAGAGCGAGACGAUGGCGCCCGAUGUCGGCGCCGCCAUCGCGUCGCUGUGGAAAGACGGCGGCGUGCAGGUUGCGUUCAGUCGCGCGCGCGAGUACCAGCUCAACGACUCGGCAAAGUACUACUUUGACUCGAUAGAGCGCGUCGCGGACCCAAACUACGUUCCCAGCGACCAGGACGUUCUGCGCUCGCGCGUAAAGUCGACGGGAAUCACAGAGACGACGUUCAUGAUUGGCAGUCUGACGUACCGCAUGCUCGACGUGGGCGGGCAGCGCUCAGAGCGCAAGAAGUGGAUCCACUGCUUUGAGAACGUGACGACGAUCUUGUUUAUGGCUGCGAUCUCGGAGUACGACCAGAUGCUGUUCGAGGACGAGACUGUUAAUCGGAUGACGGAGGCGCUUACCUUGUUUGAGUCGAUCUGCAACUCGCACUGGUUUAUCUCGACUUCGGUUAUUCUGUUUCUCAAUAAAACCGACAUUUUCAAAGAGAAAAUAGGCCGCUCGCCUCUGCACAACUACCUCCCCGGCUUCACAGGCAACAACUCGAGCUACGAAGAAACAAGCAACUACAUCCUGCAAUGCUUCGUCGUCCUCAACCGCACAGACACAAAACAGCUCUACACGCACUUCACCUGCGCGACCGACACCAACCACAUGCGUUUCGUGAUGGCGGCCGUCAACGAUAUUAUCAUUCAAGAAAACCUGCGCGAGAGCGGGAUGAUGUGAUUCUGCUGUUGUAUGCAUCGCUUGUCGCAACUUAAUUCACACGCGAGACGGUUCUAUAUUGUACUUUUAGACAUGCUUAUUUUUGGUGUUUUGUUUUAUUUUAUGUGUUUAUGUUGUCUCUUGAUCUUGUCGGCAUCUUUAGUUUUGAUUAAUAUCUGUGGAUGCAUUACUUUUGGUGAUUAGUAAUAUCUGUUGGACUUCUAGUGUAGCGCACGCGAUAUCAAUCGAUGAUGAUAAGCAGUACUAAACUCAUCAACCACUUUUAACACACAAAGAUAUAUCACUACUCAAAUCAUAUUCCUAUCUGCUAAUAAUAGUACACAAUAAUAACUCAAACCAACAUGAAACAGCAUCCAAAACCCGAGAAGAAAUUAAAGAAGAUAAGGAAGAAGGAAGAAAUGACGAUCGGAUGAGUGGAUCAGGCCGUUACGACGCCGAG